AUGUAUCCCUGGUAUAGUUCUCUCAGCUCCUGGUCUAAUAGGACAGGGCUGGAGAUCGAUGCCCUCGGCCUCGUCACGCUCUUAGGAGCGGAGGAUAUGGAUACGUGCGUUGGACGGCUCGUACCCAGUCUAUACCUCGACUAUCUCCCCAUUCUAGGAGCUUUUAUCAUCGCUGGAGGUCGGUUUACCUCCAGAAAAUCCGGCUUCACACUAUAUAACAUCACGGAAGGAAUAAUUACCAGUGAGCUGACGGGUUGGUUUUCGAGAUGGCUUGAGUCUCAAGAAUUUCAUCAGGUUCGCAGCAUUGUCAGUUGGGAAAUCACUCCGCGCCCCCGUCGAUGGUCAUCGUUUUUUGUUGGCUUUCUUCUCAUUAGCUUUCCAAUAUUCUCAAUACUCAUCGCGUUGACCGUGCUGUCGAAAGACUGGUGGGGAUUUUCAAAUGUCAUGGCCAUGUUAGUCUCCGUCGUCGUGAGGUGCAUCCUAGUCUCCCAGAACCGGGCUGGGAUUGAGGCAAACAUCAAAGAGGCCCAGAGAGCAGCCGACAAGGAAAAUUAUCCUGAGAAAUUGGCCCAAUAUGAGGCGUCUGUGGCAAGGCUUAGGGAUGGAAAUGUCACUUCCGAAGCUAAGCCUCCGGUCAAACCCAAGGAUCCAUACAGUAUAGCCAAAUGUAUUGUGGUCACAGCAGAAUCAAGGGCCAUCACUAUUGCUGCACCGCGCUAUCUGAUGAGACCAUUGUUUACUCUGCAACAGCAAAUACCGAAUCGCCUGAUCUACCAAGCUUUUGGGUGGAUUGGCUGGCUUGCAUUCGGUGUUCAUGUUAUCACCAUUGGCAUGGCUACUCUCCAUACACAGAUCUGCACAGUGGUUGUGAUGAUCGUUCCUACUUUCCUGAUCGCCCACAAAUUUGGCUGCGAGGAUUCAAGGAUAUGGAGCGCCAUUCGCAGCACGAUAACUGGAGGUGAACAAGAACGGGAGUUUUCUUGCUGGCUGAGUUCCAGCUUGAGGGCCACGAUAUCUACCUAUCCAGCCGAAUAUGCCGAGUGGGACGAAGCGCAAGUGGCCCAAAACAUGCAGCCCCACUUGCAAAUAGCGGAUGAGAAGGAUGUGCGACUGAGAGAUACCAUGGUCAAUCUGGAAGCUGCUCGUAACCCACAGACUCGAAAAAAGGUUCCAGAGCGUCGACAGGACCUGUACGCGUGGUUGAAUUUGACAGACGAAGAAGAUAAAUGUCUGAGUCUCUGGGGGUUGAUACCACAUAAUCAGGAAUGGAUGAAUAAGUAUCUGGAGAAGAAGAAGAUACAUGAGGGACGAUUUGGCCGUUAA